GGUGUCUCCAACCUGCCCCAGCUUCGAACGUCACCGUCCGGACGACCAUCAAUCUCACGCAAGAAGUUCCGAGACUGGCUUCAAUUUCCAUUGUAUAUACUCAUUCAAAAUGUCUUCCAAGAAGGAUAUGCGUAGGGCAGACCUGAUUAUCCCCUAUCAGGAACCGGCCGCGAAGACCGACGCCCCCGAAUUCCAGUCGACUCUCUCGUCCACAUUGCCCAUGGCUGCUAUCUUCAUGCGCAACCGCUACAUUGGAUGGGCUGCUGUCGUCUUUGCCGUCCAGAGCUGGCUCGGCGAGAGCGAAGACACCAAGAAGAGCACCAGCACACCCGGAUACUUCUCCGUGGGCAUGUCGUUGAUGUCUCUUGCCGUCACCUACCUCCCGCUCUUCCUGCCUCCGCCACCGGGCAUGCAACAAGGCAGCGCCACCGACGCCGCUCCUCCCGUCCCUGCCUAACGUGUCAGCUUAUCCGAUAACAGAGGGUCCUUUCGUAACGCUGAAGACAAACGAACAAUCUCGUCUUCUGGAACGAUAGUCUUCCCAACACCAAAAUCUUGAAACUUGGGCGAACUACCUCCACGAGCGAUGCCACUGGAGAGCCUCAUACGCCGUUGAGAGAUCCGGAACAUACGAAACUUUCUGUGCACCAUACGUAAUACCCGAUUAAUUCCGAGGAUGGUAAUGAUAUUAUUAACGACAAGAUAAGGGAGGAUGAGGCUCAGGUAAAGGGUGUCCAUUAUAUUCACAAAAACUGGAUCCCGGGGGUCAGAGGAUUAGAGGAGUACUCGGCUAAGUGCUCCAGCCUGAUAUUCGUCGCUUCCUAGCUUUGAUGAGAUGAGUCGUACGACAGGAACGGGCCAAGGCUAUUACAAUCUUUCGAUGAUAAUGAGCUAAACGAUGCAUUAAGUUCGUUCUUGGGUACGCUAAAUGGGUUGAAGAAAGGCGAAGGGAUGCAGGCGGCUUUAUUGCUGCUGGCUCAGGAUACGGCCUAAAGGAUCACGUCCUGGUUAGACCCCUUUCUAGAAGAUUUGAUCAGUACAAGUCAGUUGUACUCUAUCACUUACACUUCAGUCCUGGUAAGUUCGUUAGCUUGGUACAAACUGGGGCUUUGAACAGGAAAGGAAGCAGGGGAUAAAACCAAUGAUUUCGAUCUGAAGCCAGUAUAAAGCGGGUUUGUGUGUGUGUGUGCUGGAACACCUUGAGAUCAGACAAUUUCAGCCAAUAAGAAGUCGUCAAUAGACCUGUCCCGCCUU